AGUGUAUGUGUGUAUAUGUGUGCCUGCGUGUAUGAAUGUGUGGGUGUGUGCUGCACCAGACAUCAGCAGCAGGUUGAGACACACAGUGGAAGCAAGAGAGAGGGGAAAAAAAGAAAGGGAGAGAAAGAAAAAGAAAGAGCACUCCUUCAUUCAACCCUCUGAGAGAACUUCAAGACAGCUUACUGCAGCCUAGAGCAGACAGUUACGAUGUUGCCUGGUACCAGGCCCCUACUACUGUGUGUCCUGUGUCAUGUGACCACCACAUGGGCGUUUGCCCGCAUGUCUGAUGCUGUUGAGCUGCGAUCUGCUUUCUCUGUGGCACGUACCAGCAGCAUGGAGGGAGGGCCUAAGAUGGUUGUUACCUUUGAUAAGGUGUAUGUCAACAUUGGUGGUGAUUUUGAUCCAAAGUCUGGGUUAUUCCGGUGCAGGAUCCCGGGUGCGUACUAUUUCUCUUUCACAGUGGGGAAGUUCCCACGUCGAGACCUUUCAGUCAUGCUGAUGAAGAACCGCAAUGAGGUCCAGGCAAUUGUGUAUGAUGAAAACGCAGGAGAGGAGCGGAAAGUGCAGAGCCAGAGUGCCAUGAUGCAGCUUGAUUUCGGAGACACUGUCUGGCUUCGACUCCACGGAGACCCUCGUUAUGCCAUCUACAGCAACACAGGUCAUUACACCACCUUCAACGGUUACCUCAUCUACCCUGAUGUAUACGGCUACCAAGAGCCCACACACAAAGAGCAUAAAAGUGACAAUCAGCCACCGAAAAUCAGUGAUCACAUACUGUCUGAGCACGAAAAUACAAUCACUAAAGACACAAGUUUGAAAGAGGAGAGAAGAGAUGAAGAGAUAAAAGAGGAGGAUGGGAGAGAUGUAGAGGAUGAAGACGAUGACCAGAGGUCUGCUUUCUCAGUGGGCCGCACUCAAAGUAUUGUGGGAGUGGAUCAAGGAUACCCCGAGCACCAACCCAUUACCUUUGACAUAGAAUUUGUAAACAUCGGAAACGACUUCAACACGAGCUGUGGUACAUUUAAAUGCAGAGUGCCAGGAGCCUAUUACUUCUCUUUCAAUGCUGGCAAGUUGCCCCAUAAGACCCUGUCAGUAAAGCUGAUGAAGAACCAUUUGGAAGUACAGACCAUGAUCUACGAUGACAGCGACACUGAGAAGGCCUUGCAGAGCCAGAGUCUGAUGUUAUCACUGCAGUAUGGAGACACUGUCUGGCUCUAUAGCCACCAGAGAGAUGGAUUCGGUGCUUACAGUAAUCAUGCCAAGUAUAUCACUUUCACUGGCUUCCUGGUGUAUCCUGAUCUGCAAAAAAGCCCUCCACAGCAGCAGAAACAGGAUAAGACGCUGUAGGCCAGUCUAGGAGCCGUCUGUCUGUGGGCCUUUAAGGAGGCAAAGGGUUUGAUUGGGUGUUUACUGGUCAGUGUUUGCGUGGAAAGACCACUCAAUAUUUUACACUCUAGAAACCAGAAGUCUUCACUCUUGAUUUGCUUCUUAAGACUCCAUAUACCAAAACCUCGUAAGCUCUUGUUUUUUGUACCCAGUUAAUCAUUUUUGGGAAGAAAUGACUAAGCCAAGCAAGAAGCACCAUUAAUGAUUUUGCCAAACCUUCAGUUCUUGGAUGAUGAGUUAUCCAAAUAGGAUAAUUAGAUGACACAAAAGCAUUACUUUUGAGUUUAAAAAAAUAGAUAAACAGUAAAAGGAUGAGAUCCAACAUGGUUGUACAUUUUAAAACUCUUAGAACCUGUUUGUGCAAGAUGCAUCUUCAACUCAAAACUAUGUUUUACACUCUGUCUCAACUAAAAUAAAAUGAUUAAUGCAUGAAAUCUCAACUAGAGAAAGGUUUGUGUUGUCUGAAACUUUUGCAUGAAAUAUUUGCACGAGAGCUCCAUCUUCUGCUUUUUUAUUCUUUAUUACCAUUGUAAGAUUAGUGUUCAUGGCACAAAAACCAGUGAUGACAAAUUUUGCCCUCCAAAUAAAUAAUCUGGUAUCGAAAUAGCACAUAGUUAAAAACUAAGAAUGCUUCUGCAAAUUAAUAUGUUGAAAACAAGCUGACAGUUGGAACAAUUGUCCACGGCCAAAUAUAUUUACCCAAACUGAAGCUAAUGAUUUUGGAGAAUAAUUCUGAUGUUUAUAUUUUAGAAUGAAAAUCGAUCAAGUAUCGAUCAGAUCAGAUUUUUUUAUAAUUUAUCUGAUUUUAUGCUGUUCUGUCUAUAUGGCCAUAAAAAUGUAUUUAGAUGAAGAAACAUGUGUAUAAAGUGAACAAUUCCAAAAUGUAAAUAGGCCUACUUCUCGGUUUUCUAUCCAUUUGUAUAUGAGUGAACAUUUGCAUUUCUAUUCUGUGCCUGGCCAUACUGUAUGUACUUUUCUGUACGCGUUUAAUCCAGUGAAUAAGACUUGUGAAAAAAAGUGCUAAAUAAGCUUUUCAAUGUUUGUGCAGUAUGGGUUAAUUUGUUAAGUACUGUAAAAGUGGUUUCAGUGUACACUGGAUUCUUAUUGUCAAAGGAGCCAGACCUCGAAAGCAAGCCAAAUAAAACUCUGAAUG